AUGGCCUUAGUCGACUACUCCGAUUCAAGCUCUGAGAGCGAGGGCCAGGAAUUGGCCGAUCAGGAGAACCACCAGCAAGGCAGACGGAAACGCAAGGCUGACCAUAUUGACGAUGAAACAGUCCACUCCAUCAGAUCUCCACCACCUUUGCCGGCCUCCUUUCAUUCGCUAUAUGCUACGAAUGUGAGAACUUCCACGACGGAUGACCCAUCCCUGCAUGCUGGUCGGACGCGUCAAGUCCCCCAUGUCGUAGGUAACUGGCCCACGCACAUCUAUCUCGAAUGGUAUCCACCACAGGCAGCGCUCGCUCGACUCGACACACUGAUACAGACAUCGAGCCUGCCAACGACGAAAACCGAGCAGACUUCGAAGGCCCACGUUCACGGAUUUCUACGGUCAGAUCUCGGAGCACAGUUACCAUUGCAUAUCAGUCUAUCUGCUCCUCUUGUGUUGAAGACUGAACAGAAGGAGUCGUUCCAGGGCAGCAUAAAUGCUGCAUUGGACAGUAGCCACAUAAAGCCUUUCACCGUCACGGCCACGAGACUCGACUGGGUCGCGAACCACGACAGGAGUCGGUUCUUCUUGGUGCUGAGAUUGAGUAAGCCCGAAGAUGACGAGUUGAACAAAUUGUUGUCGAUAUGCAAUGCCACUGCAGUGCGAUUCGGCUUGUCUCAGCUUUAUAACGAUAUAGCCGAGACUGAUCAAGGCGGGGCAGUCCAGCCCAGGAGUAGGACACCGGUAUCAACCACUGACAAAUCCGAUGCUUUCCAUAUCAGCAUCGCUUGGACACUGCAAGACCCCAAAGAUCGAGCACGCAAGCUCGUUGGUUUGGGGGUUGACCAGCUGCAUGGUCUCAAGGUGAGCUUCUCACUUCUUAAGAUCAAGAUGGGCAAUACUGUGAUUGAUCUCCCCUUGGGCGAAAAUCGCGAGGCAGGCAGAUGA